GUUGUAUAACAGAUAGUAUAUAUACCAUACUAUAAUAUAUUUUAGAAAAAAAUUAAGUGAAAUAUAUUAAAAUAAUUAAAUUAAAAAUUAAAAAUUACAAUUAAAAUGAAAUUUGAAAUAUUUCUGUUAACCAUAUUUGUUAUUUAUGUAUCAUCAAAACCACAACAACGUGGUAGUAGUGGUGGUAUACAAGGAUCACCAGAUGUAAUACCAAUUAUUAGACAAGAACAAGAAGUUAAUUUUGAUGGUUCAUAUAGAUAUUUAUAUGAGACUGGUAAUGGUAUAACAGCUGAAGAAGAAGGAUAUCAAAAAGAUCCAGAUACAAAAACAGCACAAGGUUCAUUUUCAUAUACAGCACCAGAUGGCACACCAAUACGAAUCACGUAUUUAGCUGAUGAGAAUGGAUUCCAACCAGCUGGUGAACAUCUUCCAACACCACCACCAAUACCACCAGCAAUUCAAAGAGCAUUAGAAUAUCUUGCAACAGCACCACCAUACGUAGAAGAAAAUCGUCCAUCAGCACCAAAACGUGGUCGUUUUUAAAUUGAAAUGAAGUUGUUUGUUUUUUUUUUUUUUUUUGAGUUUCUUCAAUGCGUCCAUUCGAAAUCGAUUGAAGAAUUUCAUUUAUUGAAAUAAAUUCUAAAUUUUUUUGGAAAUUUUAAUGUAAUUGCAGUUUUCUAUUUUGUUUUUUUUUUUUUUUUUCAUAGAAGAAUUUGAAUAGCUUGAAUUUGCCAUGAUCUUAUACACACGUCGAAAUAAUUACAAAGUCUGUGGUUAAAUUAGAAUACAUUUUUUUUUGUUUGUUUGUUUUUUUUUUUUAUUAAUUAUAUUAAAUACAUUCUCUAUUAUAUUAAAUUGUAAAUAAUAAUGAUUGUAAAUUAUAAUUUUUAAAUAUGAGUUCAAUAUUGUAAUAAAAAAGAUUUU